AUGUUGAGAGAAGGCCAAGACAGGCGGAAUAAGGUGACAGCGGGCGUUUUUACUUUUUUUCUAUUCUUCCGCCUUACCGUACUCGCAUACCAUCCUAAUAUUAUAUCCCCCCCCUUUUUUUCUCCAUCACCAUUUCCUUCUUAUUCAAUACCUAGUUUAUGCAUUUCCAUUUAUUUUUCCUGCAACUUGAUACUUGAUGGUCAAUAUAUAUCUCUUUUUCUUUCCUUUUCCUUCCCCCUCCUUUUUUUUCGUAGUCAACCUGGUGCUUUUUCCACUUUUCCUUCUCUUUUUCCACUAUACCUUAUUCCAUUGGUUACAUCUGAUCGUUCCACCUACCUCUGCACCCAACUCACUCCCGUGCUACUCCGGGAAAGGGAAAGAGAGAGAUCACGAAAGCAUUGUUGUACCGCGCCUACUGCAACUUGGGACCACAGUCAAUCAAUCCCAAUCAAGCAAUCAAUCGCAACCUUUGCCCCUUUUUCUUGUGCUAUGUGGCGAGAAUGAAAGCAGAUAGAAAGGAAUAGGAAAAAACAAAUUAUAGGUA